AAGGAAAGAGAAAGAGAGAGGACGACGAUCCCGGAGGGAAGAAAAAUCGCGUGGCUUUCUCUCCAGUAGCGGAACGAUUGCUUGCAUCUAAGCAUCUUCUUAGUCGAUUUGGUAGCCGACAAGAAAUUUAGGGAUAGUUGGGCAAUGAGAGCAGCUAUUCAAUCUCUUCUCUGUUGCUAAAGUUGAAUGGACAAUGGCAGAAGGCGGUCAAAGGGAAAAUGGAAGGCACAAACCAGAUCAGUUCAAACCUGUGCUUUCUCAUCAGUUUGUGGCUGACAGUGGAUAGCACAACAGUCAAUGAAGGAUCACGCAGCUAUAAAGUUGAUGGGCAUUAUGGCCGAGAGAGAUGCUGCAAUCCAGCAGAGGGAUGCAGCUGUGAACGAGAAGAAGUCUGCACUGGCCGAGAGGGACCUGGCUUACAUGCAACGGGAUGCUGCCUUUGCUGAGAGGAAUGCAGCUAUCAUGGAACGUGAUGCAGCCAUUUCGGCUCUCGAGUAUGCAAGGGAGAAUGGCAUGCCCUGCCCCUCAAGCACUCAUGGCGCCAAUCCGCGUCCAGGCAGUAAGCACUUGCAUGCAGACAUGGCCUAUCACCCGAGAGAUAACUCGGCUGCCGACGCCUUUCCAAUUGCAGUAUCAGACCAGGUUCUCAACGUAAAACCCAGGCGUAUGAAGCGACCACGGAAAGAAAGCAAAACAGUAAGUAGCCCCAGAAUGCCAAGGGCAAGGAAAUCCAGGCGGCAGGCAACAGGCGAGGAUCUCAACAAGCAGCUCUCAGUGACCAAGCACGAGUGGAAGGAUCAAGACUUGGGACUGAACCAAGUGACGUUCGAUGACACAACAAUGCCGAUCCCCGUCUGCUCCUGCACUGGCUCCUUCCAGCAGUGCUACAAGUGGGGCAAUGGAGGCUGGCAGUCUGCGUGCUGCACGACCACCAUAUCCAUGUACCCGCUGCCCGUAAUGCCUAACAAGAGGCACGCCCGCAUGAGCGGCCGAAAGAUGAGCGGCAGCGCCUUCAACAAAUUGCUCAACAAGCUCGCAGCCGAGGGCCAAGACUUGUCUCUGCCAGUGGAUCUCAAGGAUCACUGGGCCAAGCACGGAACGAACCGGUAUAUCACCAUUAAAUAGAUAAAUCGUAAAACAGAACACCGUGACGCGUUUUUGUUGAUUUCGUGCAUCCCUUAAACGUGUGCACGAUUGCAUGCAUAGUUGGGUUUUGAAGGGGAAACUCUGCAUCGUCUGUAUAUUACGUGGGAUUAUCUCUGAUGAAUGGUGGCUUUCGUCCACAAGGUUGCAUGCCUCGUCAAGGGAAAAGGUUGUAGUGCAAUUAGUAGGAUUGAUGUGUGUACAAAGAAGGCAACACUUCUUUAGCUAAUCUCUUCAAAGGAAUCGAGGUUUUCUGUUUUUUGAUAGGCAA